AUGGCCGCCGCCAGAGGGGACAGCCCUUCCCAGGGCCCGGCCUUGCACGAGAAGCCGCGGUGGCACCAGGCCGCGGUGUCACACCAGGAGCCGCAGUGGCACCAGGCCGCGGUGUCACACGAAGACCUGGCUUUGCACAAGGGCCUUGCACAAGGAUCUGGCGCCACACGAGGGACCCCCCGCUCCCGGUGCCCCCCAAUAACCGCCCCUCACCCCCAGGUGCCCCCCCGGGGCUCCCCCCGCUGCCGCUCCCGCCGCCCCCGCCCCUCCUGCGCCCCCCGCCCCCACCCCCGGAGCGGCCCCGGGACCCCCCCGCGGCCCCCCCCGUGCCCCCCGGGGCCGUGGCCGCCGUUUCCUUCGGUGCCUUCGUGGUGGGGGCGGCGCUGGCGGGGGGGCUCUGGCUCGUGCACGGCCGGACAGCCCCCCGGGCCCCCCCCGGCCCCAGCGCCGCCCCCCAGCCCGGGAGCAGCCAGCUCCGAGCGCUCGGGCUGGGCCGCUCCUGAGGACGAGGAGGCGGCGGCAGCGGGAGAUGGCAGCGCGGGCUCCGCCGGCCCCGAGCCAGCGCUCCCGGCCCGGCCCCGGCCCCGCAGCGCGGCCCGGGAGGGAAGAGCUGCCCCGGACGGUUCGCUGGGAGGGGAGGCAGCGGCGGGAGCCGCGGUGUUCAUUAAUCACAAGUUCUGCCGCCUGGAGCCAAUGAGCGCCGGCGCCUUCGCUCCUUAAAAUCUCCCGGUCGGGCAAAGCUCGGCUGCUGGGGGAGCGGGGAGCGGCCUCGGGGACCCCCGGCCUUGGGGACCCCCGGCCUCGGGGACCCCCGGCCUUGGGGACCCCCGGCCUUGGGGACCCCCGACCUCUGGGG